AAUUAGGGCUUUAAAUUUUAUUUUAUUUUGCAAUCUUUCUUUCUUCUUCCUCCUCCACAUUCCCAUGGCCUUCCACAACGGUUCUAUGAUCCCUGCUCUUGCCUACGCCAAUUAUCCACCGACAAUGGAGGCGCAACCCUCUACGGCGGCGAUUCCCCGGAAAUCUGAACGACGGCGGGGAGAAUUCCCGGCGGUUGUUGAAACAGAUCAAAUUACGAUCGGUCAAUCUAAGCAGCCGCAGUUUCUGAAAUCAAUCGACGAUUUGGCUGCGUUUUCAGCUGCGGUGGACGCUUUCAAACGCCAAUUCGAUGAUUUGCAGAAGCACAUCGAGUCAAUUGAAAACGCAAUCGAUUCAAAACUCAAGAGUAACGGCGUUGACAUCGCCGCUUCUUCCGAUUUCCAUCAGCCGUUAUCGCCACCGCGGAACAAUGCUUCUGUAGAACCCACCUUGACUGUGAGACAAUCGUUUCAGGAUCCUGUACCGGCGAUUUCAGAUAAAUCGGAAGGGGAACGUUUGUGUGAGUCAAUGUGUAGCAAAGGUCUGCGCAAAUACAUCUACGGGAAUAUCUCUGAUCGAGCUAAGCUACUGGAAGAGAUUCCUGUAGCUUUGAAGUUGGCUAAGGAGCCAGCCAAGUUUGUCUUCGAAUGUAUUGGCAAGUUUUACUUACAAGGGCGUAGAGCUUUUUCUAAGGAUUCGCCUAUGAUCUCUGCGAGACAUGUUUCGCUUCUCAUUAUGGAGUCUUUUCUUCUAAUGCCUGAUCCUGGUGAAGGGAAGGCAAAGAUGAAGAUUGAGACUUCUGUUAAAGAUGAGGCGAAGGCGGCUGCUGUUGCGUGGAAGAAAAGACUGAUUGGUGAAGGAGGAGUAGCUGCGGCAGAGCUAAUGGAUGCAAGGGGUCUGCUUUUACUGAUUGCUUGUUUUGGUGUUCCUUCAAACUUUAGGAGUAUGGACCUGUUGGAUUUGAUACUGACGUGUGGGUUUAAUGAGAUUGCGGGUGCUUUGAGACGGUCACCUUUUCUUACCCCUAUGAUUUCAGGUAUAGUUGAAUCAAGUAUCAAGCGUGGAAAGCAUAUUGAAGCUCUUGAGAUGGUGUAUAACUUUGGGAUGGAGGAUAAGUUUUCAGCUUCUACAGUUCUAACUUCAUCCUUAAGGAUGAGCAAGGAGUCAUUUGACAAGGCAAAACGAAAAGCCCACUCACCAUUGGCAUUUAAAGAGGCGACUGAAAAGCAGCUAGGUACACUAUCAUCAGUGAUGCAGUUUAUGGAGACUCACAAAUUAGACCCCGCAAAAGAAAUACCAGAGUGGCAAAUCAAAGAGGAAAUUGUUAAGCUGGAGAAUGACACUCUUCACCUCAAUAGAGAGAUGGAAGAGAAAGCAAGAUCCAUCAGUUUAAUGGAGGAAGCGGUACUUACCAAGAGAUUGUAUAACCAACAGAUGAAACGUCCGAGGUUGUCACCCAUGGAAACGCCACCAGUAGCUUCUUCAUCAUAUUCUCCUCUGUACCGUGAUCGAACCUUUCCUAGUCAAAGAGACGAAGAUAGAGAUGAAAUAUCAGCUCUUGUGAGUAGUUACCUUGGCCCGUCAUCAUCUUUUCCUCAUCGCUCAAGUCUCAGAAGAUCCCCUGAAUAUAUGGUUCCACCUGGUGGUUUAGGAAGAAGUGUAUAUGCAUAUGAACAUCUGCCUCCAAAUUCAUACUCUCAGGCUAACGGACAGAGAGUUCCUCGGCAGUACUCUCCGGUUCAUGGACAGAGACAUCCACGGCAGUACUCUCCUCCAAUUCAUGGACAAGAGCAACAAAUACCAUAUGGUCUUCAAAGGAUUUACAGACAUUCACCAUCUCAAGAAAGAUAUUUGGGUUUAUCCAAUCACAGGUCUCCUCGUAGUAACUCAUCACUAGACCACACAUAGGAGGAAUGUAAAUGCUUUUUGUUUUUGUUUAAGGUAGUUUAUUUUUUCCCCACAAUAGUCAAAAUUUAAAAGUUAAUUUUUAAGGCCUCUGAAUGCAAAAAAUGUUGGCUCUCUGUAAUUGACAUUUCAGAUGCUAAUGUUAUAUGCUUCACAGGUUUUUAGUCAA